CCUGUGCUGGAUUUUCGGUCUGGCUCCCGUAACGUCUUUAUACCGUACGUUGUCAAAUGUAGUGUAUUUUGUGAAGUGUUUGUUACAUAUAAAUGGAGUUAACUAAGAGAAAUGACGAUACUCUGGGUUUUGUAGACGUAGUUCUGAAGGUAAGAGAGCUCAAAGUGUGGACUCCCGAAGAGAAAUCAUGGUGGAAGAAAAAACCAAGCAAACCCAAAGCCCUUAUACUAAAUAACGUCAGCGACUGUAUAAAAUCUGGAGAAUUUUUAGCGAUCCUUGGCCCGAGUGGUGCAGGAAAAACAACGUACUUAGUGUCAUUGUGCGGGAAAUGUACCCUGCCGUCAGAGGGCGUGGUGACUGUAAACGGCCGAAAUGUCAGCGAGUUAGAACCAGGCGAAGUGGAGAUACUACCCCAGAUGGAUGUCUUCAUGGAUUGCCUUAGUGUUAAAGAGCAUCUGAUAUUUAUGACAGAAAUGAAAAUUGGCAGCGCCAAAAACUCAAGGAAUAACACAGUUUUAAAUACAAUAAUGGAUAUGCUAAAAUUGAAAGCUCAUGAAAAUACUUUGAUAAAAUCAUUAUCUGGUGGAGAGCGAAGGUUGUUAUCAUUAGCUUCAUCUCUAUUAUCGAACCCACAAAUUCUAAUAUGCGACGAGCCAACAACUGGCUUGGAUAGUUACAACGCAUCUCUUGUGGUGGGUCUGCUGAAAGGUCUCUCACUCACCGGCAAGAUUGUUAUCUGCUCCGUACACCAGCCCUCCUCAGAUCUAUUUAAUGAGUUUAACUCCAUAUCUUUAAUGUCAGAGGGCAAGUUACUAUUUCACGGCACUCAUGAAAACUGUCGGAAUCUCUUUGAAAGUCUUAACCUACGUUGCCCGAAGAACUACAAUCCGGCUGAAUUCUACAUCAAGGCCGUGUCGCCCUCUCCGGCUACUAACGUUAACUAUGUGGAUAGAAUCUUGGAAAAUAACCGGAACCGGUUUCACGAGUGCGACGAAACAUGUUGCGAGACUCACACGACGCCGCGCCCAUGCAAUAGAAGUUGGUCGAAACAAGUACAGUUACUUAUGUGGAGAUAUUCAAUACGGCUCAGAAGAAGUUAUAAAGGACUCGCAGCUUCACUCCUAUUAUCUACGGUGCUAGGUGCAGUGGUGAUCGGUAUAUGCUUCGCUGGCAGUAAAGGGACUACACAGAGAGGGGUACAGAACCUACGAGGUCUCCUAUGGCUGAUCUGCAGCGAAGUGUCCUUCAGUUUGUCUUACGCCGCGCUCUACGCGUUUGAAACAGAUUUAUCCUUGUUCAGGAGAGAAGUUGGCAUGUACCGAGUUUCUGCUUACUUCGUCGCAAGAUUUAUAAAUGAAGUGCCUCGUUGUAUAAUUUGGCCAAUUCCGUUUGUUACCAUAACAGCAUCAGCUGUGGAGUUGCCAAACCAUUCUUUAACAGUUCUAGAACUAUACCUCGCUCUUAUUAUAUCUGGGUUUGCGUCUACUGCAUAUGGUCUCGGUAUGGGAGCCCUGUUCAUAUCGACUGGCAUGAUGGCUGACGUCAUGCCGUGUGCAGAUUUACCUUUAUUCUUGAUGUCUGGAGCCUUUCUACGAAUAUCAUCGCUGCCAUUUUGGUUAUAUCCAUUCAAAUUCAUUUCCCAUUUCUAUUACGCUAUGGACGCUAUCAGUAAUAUCUAUUGGCGACAAAUCGGAGAUAUUGAGUGUCCAACAAACACAACUAGAAUUUGUGUGAAGGAUGGUGCUGCAGUUUUGUUGGAGAAUGGAUACUCCAAUAACUUCGUAGUGGAAGAUACAAUAGGUCUUCUGUUCGUAGCAACCUUGUGGAGUGUACUGGGAUAUUGGGGACUGAAGAGAGAAGAACGAAAAGGUUACGCUUAUUAA